AAGGAGUGGACAGUACACCUGCGGUAAUUAAAGUGACAUCUCGGGACAAUCACAAUACAACAGUCCAGGCGGGCAGUGAUGUUGUAUUAGAGUGUACAGGUGAGGUAUUGCGAACAGGCAUUUGGUACAAAGAUGGCGGGGACUACGCUGUAGAUAUUGUAAACCAGAAUAAUAAAUGUAUGCUACGCCAGGGACGUGACAAGCUGCCUGGCCUGUCACUGGGAGAUACAGACUGCACCAAACAUGCUCUCAAAAUCUCCAACAUCAGUACGGUGCACGAGGGAUCAUGGAAGUGUAAAGUCGGGACAUCCACCAAGAAGGUCCAUGUCCAUGUUAUGGCAUCACCUGCAGAAACAACAACUGUAAAAACAACGAGUGUCUCAUCGUUGACAACACCAACAUCAGAAUCAACAUCCCACGUCACAGCUACGGCUGGUGUCCCUGGCUCUACUCCUGACGCAACUACUAAGUCGACAGCCCCUGACACAGAUACACGCAAUGCUGGGUAUACGACUGAAGGCAGAACCCAGGACUCGGUAAAUCCCCAAACACCAUCUGUGACUUCCAUGAUAACCAUCCUAGGUGGAACUGUUGGGGGCGCCCUGGUCCUACUGGCUGCUAUCAUCACCGUCUGCUGUUUACGUCGAUCAAAGAAAGAAAAACAAAACAAUGGCUCAGCUCAGGGGCCUGUCAAUGGGGAUCGUAGACAUCAAGAUCCUGAACAAAGAGAAGAUGCUGGGAUGGUGGACAACGUCCUCUAUGACAGUUACGGUGGAGACGUGGGACAGGCAGCUAAACCCCAGGAUCCUCUGGUGCUCGCUGGUAAAUCUCAACCUGACAGUGUGGUUGGAGACAUAUAUGCCAUCCCGGAUAAACAACGGACAUCAACACUGAAUGAGGGGGCAGCUGCAGGUGAUGUAUACAGCGUGGUACAGAAACAACCCAAGUCCGAAGGUGAAACAAUGCAGCUCCAGUUAACGAACAAAGAUGAGGGGGCAGCUGCAGGUGAUGUAUACAGCGUGGUACAGAAACAACCCAAGUCCGAAGGUGAAACAAUGCCACUCCAAUCAACGGACAAAGAUGCUGAGAUGUCCGAGCUGUACAGCCAGGUUCAGAAGCCCCAGAAGAACGGGAAGUGAGACACGAGUUGAAGACAUACGGCCAUGUCCCAUACAGUGGAGUACCUUUGUAGACUAUACAUGUGAUGUAUCAUUUCAAAAGUUGAUCCUUGUCGUUCGGGUCUUUCUACACCACGUGAUCAGACAAAAAAAAGUAAAUGAUAAUUGAAACUUUCACUUAAAACAUGACGAGAGAAACGUUUUAAUACAUAUUUCGUAAAAAACUGUCCAUAGAUAACCCUAUAUUUAUUGUUUCAAUGUUUCUGGUACAGUUCUAGUCAUUUUGUUAACGCUCUGUCGUAUGUUACAUGUAGUGAUGUCAUUUUGUUAACUCUUUGCUGUAUGCUAGACACAGUAAUGUCAUUUUAUAAUACUUUGCUGCUGGACGUAGUAUUGUCAUUUUGUUAACUCUUUGCUGUAUGCUAAACGUAGUAUUGUCAUUUUGUUGACACGUUGCUGUUUGCUAAACGUAGUAUUAUCAUUUUGUUGACACUUUGCUGUAUAUUAGACGUAGUAUUGUCAUUUGGUUGAUACUUUGCUGUAUACUAGAUGUAGUAUUGUCAUUUUGUUGACACUUUGCUGUAUGCUAAAUGUAGCAUUGUCAUUUUGUUGACACUUUGCUGUUUGCUAUCAUUUUGUUCACACUUUGCUGUAUACUAGACGUAGUAUUGUCAUUUUGUUGACACUUCGUUGUUUGCUAAAUGUAGUAUUAUCAUUUUGUUGACACUUUGCUGUAUACUAGACGUAGUAUUGUCAUUUUGUUGACACUUUGCUGUUUGCUAAACGUAGCAUUGUCAUUUUGUUGACACUUUGCUGUAUACUAGACAUAGUAUUGUCAUUUUGUUGACACUUUGCUGUAUACUAGACGUAGUAUUGUCAUUUUGUUGACACUUUGUUGUUUGCUAAACGUAGUAUUAUCAUUUUGUUGACACUUUGCUCUGUGCUUGACUUAGUAUUGUCAUUUUGUUUGAACUUUGCUGUUUGCUAGACUUAGUAAUAUCAUUUUGUUUAAACUUUGCUGUAUAUAUACUAGACUGAUGUAUACGUACUCAUACCUUGCCGAUUCUGCGCCCUUAACGGUUUUGAUCAACUGAGGUAUUUGAAAAACUUGAAUCAGUUCUUCUGAGAUGCCUAAAUGCACUUCCUGGCGGCCCUCAAUAAAUGAUUUCUCAUUAAAAAACAGUUUAGUUUAUAUUGUGAUGUCCAAGACGAGGAAAACAGAUGUAUCGAGGAAUUGUGCUAUUUCCUUUCUGCCCAAUACUUGAUAACAAAUGUGUCUAUGGAUGUUAGUGACUGGUCAGAAAAUGGACCACGUGGGCUGUCA